GGCUCCUUAACCUACGGAGGGAGGCUAGGGUUGGAACCUGCAUCCUCACAGACACCAUGUUGGGUUCUUAACCCGCUGAGCCACAAUGGGAACUCUGCAUCUUUGUGCCUUGCAAGGAAUGGUGGCUUAGUGUGGUGUACGAGGCUUGCGUAAUCAUCUCUGCUGCUGGCAGUGGAUUUGCCUUAAGAUGUGACGUCCUAGUGGGUCCGAUGUGUCAUCUUGCUCUGUAUGUUAGCAGAUAUUAUAAAAUUUCAGAGCUAAAAGGAAACUUGGUGACACUUGGGCCCGAUCCCUUUAUUUGUGUGAAAAGCUGAGGCCCAGAGCAUUUAAAUGAUUUGUUCAAGGUUGUAAAACAAAUGAGUAGCAAAGCCAGAACCAAAUCCCAGGUCUUCCGGAUCCCUCUCCAUUCCAGAAUUUUUCUCCCUGGAUCAUGCUUAUUUCCAGCAAAUGAAAAGAAACCCAGGAGUCAAGGUCAUGGCUAACUUGUUGUCCAGAUACAUCUGCCUCUCUUUUCAAAACGGGCUGUUUCUCCUGAGAGGUUCAUCACCGGAAAAAUGAAACCACAUGGUUGUAUGUUCCGCCCUGAGCCUGGGCUGGACCUUUCCUGCAGAGGAUUCUGUUAAUAUCAUCAAGAAGCCGGAAGGCACUUUUAUAUGGUGGUUUUUAUUUCUUUUCUCCCUCCUAAAUUUCAUACAAAUAUUUGAAGCUGAUUUUUGUAGGAGAAAGUUACUGUUUUCUGGACCAAAACUUCUGUAGCCGAGUGGCAUUUCUCCCACUUCCUUGGGUGCAAACUGAAGGAAACUGCUCUUUGUCACCUCUGAGGCUUUCAACACAGGACUUUGAGUGAAGAAAGAGCAGCCAUGGCCCCUUCUCUGCUGCAGAGGAUGUAGUUUUUUGCUUUUCUUUCUAGGGCCGCACGUACAUGGAGGUUCCCAGACUAGGGGUCAAACCAGAGCUACAGCUACCGACUUCUGCCACAGCCCCCACAACGCCAGAUCUGAGCCAUGCCUGAGACUUAUACCACAGCUCGUGGCAACACCGAUCCUUAACCCACUGAGUGAGGCCAGGGAUCAAACCCUCAUCCUCAUGGAUACUAGUCGUGUUCCUUAUUGCUGAAACUCCGAGGAUACAGUUUUCAAAACAGAGUCAAGAUUCUUUCCCUCCCUGGUACAGCUGGAUUCUCACUUUGUUCUUCAGUCAAUUUAAAGUUUAAAAUCUUUAUUUAAAAAGUGUUUUUAUUGAGCUUUCAAAGAUUCUAGUUCAUCAUCUGUUAUCUCAGUAGCCACCCACCAAAUGGCAAGAAAAUUCCCAAUUGUCAAGCUGUGGAUUAUUUUACAAAUGAAACAGAGACACCUCUGGAAUCCAUGAAAGGCUGCCCUGAUUUGCCCUCCGCUGGGUAAGAGAGGAGCGGGUGAGUUUGCCCAGUCCCAUGGCUCAAACAAGAGGCUGGGUGGUCAUUCUGUGGCAGGGCCUUGUGCUGUGGACAGGGCCUGCCUGCUGGCUUAAUUGUGCUCUCAGAGGUAUAUUCAAAGCUACCCACAGCAGGCCCUGGUCCAUCUUCCCAGGCCUGGGCUUCUGAUCACCAAGGAGGGCAGUAGGUCAGAGUAAGGUCACAGAUCAGGCUAGAGUGAAAGUUAAGAAUGUCGGGGUUUCUCAGGGUUCAUGUCUUGGCUGGGCCACUUACAUACCCUGGACAAGUGACUCAAUCUCCCUAAGCCCAGAUUUCCUCCCCUGGAAAUGGGCCUCAGUAGCCGUCAUUACCUCACAAGGCUGUGGGGUAACUCAAUGAGAGAAUCCUUAUAAAGCACAUGGCAGAGAGCAAGCACUCUAUAAAUGUCAGCAAUCAACUUAAUAUUUUUUGCUUUUACUCCAGGGACUUUUGGAACUGAUAAGGGGAGAGAGGUGAAUAGAAAACUAUUUCCUGCUAGUCAUUAAAUCCUCUCUUCAGGAACUGUUUAACAAUUAUGCACCAGACACUCUCUAGACCUUGGGAACCUAAAAGGAAGAUGCUCAGUGUCUACCGAAUCAUGGCAGCAUCAAAACAAAGAACGGCUCUGGGAUGGGGCAAACCCAAAGGUAAACGUGAGAUACACGGGGGGCGGUCAUGGGAAGGACGAGGAAGGGCUGUCACAGCUGGCUUGGGGAAUGGGCCCCAAAAGGCUUCUCAGAGCAGGAACAUGGAAGGGAGUUUGCAAUAGUCAGAGGGACACUGGGCAAAGACCCAUGGACACCAAGACGCAGAGGAGGGAAAGGCAGGAUUUGUCUCGUACAGCCUGAGCAAAUGGGGAAAUAGCCAGAGACACGUGCAUUCAAAACCAGAGAUAGAAGGCCCCCUUUCAACCCUCAAGGAGUUUAGAGACCCAUGGAGAGGGAAGGACAAGCGAGUCUGUGAUUAUCGUGUGAUCAUCGCAGUGAUGGGGGUUCUCAUUCCGUUCUCACGCUGAAAAGGAUGGUGCCUCUCAGCAGCAAAACUUGAAGGACAAUGACACGACUUAAGGACAAACCAUGGGGACAAAGGAUGAAGAGAAAGGGAUAUGACCUUAGACCAGAAGGUCUGAGAGUAGACGAGCUGGAGGAAGGUGGAGGGAGGAGGAAAGCUACUCUACAAAGGGUGCAGGUGGAAAACGGCGUGGAGGUCCUUGGAGAAGUAAGCCUAUAGGUGUGUCUGGAAUAAAGGAGGAUGAGGCUAAGAUAUGCCAGCAUGAGCUCAUUCAGCAAAUAUGUACUGAGUCCCCCCCGUCCCCGGGAUUCUUGUGGAAUAUUCUAGGCUCUGGGUAGAGGACCAGUCAUGAAGUGGGCCAGGGAGCACAGAUGGCGUUGAGAGAACCAUGGUGUCUGAUCUGGUUGGGAUGCAGAUGUGACAGGACGAAAGAACAAAAAGCCUUGGCAUCCACAGGAGGAAGAAGUGUUCAGGCAGCAUGUGACUGGUUGUUCUCCCAUGUCGGUGACCCCUUCCUGGAUGACCCCCUGCCCCGGGAGUAUGUCCUCUACCUCCGGCCCACUGGCCCCCUGGCGCAGAAGCUUUCCGACUUCUGGCAGCAGUCGAAGCAGAUCUGCGGCAAGAACAAGGCACACAACAUCUUCCCCCACAUCACCCUCUGCCAGUUCUUCAUGUGUGAGGACAGCAAGGUGGACGCCCUGGGCGAGGCCCUGCAGACCACGGUCAGUCGCUGGAAGUGUAAGUUCUCGGCGCCGCUGCCUCUGGAGCUGUACACCUCCUCCAACUUCAUCGGCCUCUUCGUGAAGGAAGACAGCGCCGAGGUCCUCAAGAAAUUCGCCGCUGACUUUGCCGCGGAGGCUGCAUCCAAAACCGAAGUGCACGUGGAACCUCAUAAGAAACAGCUGCAUGUGACCUUGGCGUACCACUUCCAAGCCAGCCACCUGCCCACCCUAGAGAAACUAGCCCAGAAUAUCGAUGUCAAACUUGGAUGCGACUGGGUGGCUACAAUAUUCUCCCGGGAUAUCCGAUUUGCUAACCAUGAGACGUUACAGGUGAUCUACCCCUACACCCCACAGAACGACGAUGAGCUGGAGCUGGUCCCGGGGGACUUCAUCUUCAUGUCGCCCAUGGAGCAGACCAGCACCAGCGAGGGCUGGAUCUACGGCACGUCCUUGACCACCGGCUGCUCGGGACUCCUGCCCGAGAACUACAUCACCAAGGCUGACGAGUGCAGCACCUGGAUAUUUCACGGUUCUCACUCCAUCUUAAAUACAUCAUCUUCCAACGCGCUGGCAUUCGGGGACGGCCUACUGGAGAGGCGGCAGUAUGAGGACCAGGGCCUGGGGGACACAACUCCCCUGACCAUCAUCUGCCAGCCCACCCAGCCUCUGAGGAUCAGCAGUCAACCUGGCCCUCAAAAGAGAUGCCUCUUUGUGUGUCGGCAUGGUGAGAGGAUGGAUGUUGUGUUUGGGAAGUACUGGCUGUCCCAGUGCUUCGAUGCCAAAGGCCGCUACAUACGCACCAACCUGAACAUGCCUCAUAGCUUACCUCAGCGGAGUGGUGGUUUCCGGGAUUAUGAGAAGGAUGCGCCCAUCACUGUGUUUGGAUGUAUGCAAGCAAGACUCGUGGGCGAGGCCUUAUUAGAGAGCAACACCGUCAUCGACCACGUCUACUGCUCCCCUUCCCUGCGCUGUGUCCAGACCGCGUAUAACAUCUUGAAAGGUUUACAACAAGAGAAUCACUUGAAGAUCCGAGUAGAGCCUGGCUUAUUUGAGUGGACAAAAUGGGUGGCCGGGAACACAUUACCUGCAUGGAUCCCUCCAUCCGAGCUAGCUGCAGCCAACCUGAGCGUUGAUACAACCUACAGACCUCACAUUCCAGUCAGCAAAUUAGUGGUUUCAGAAUCCUAUGACACCUAUAUCAGCAGGAGUUUCCAAGUAACAAAAGAAAUAAUAAGCGAAUGUAAAAGUAAAGGAAAUAAUAUCCUGAUUGUGGCCCAUGCAUCUUCCCUUGAGGCGUGUACCUGCCAACUUCAGGGCCUGUCACCUCAGAACUCCAAGGACUUUGUACAAAUGGUCCGAAAGAUCCCAUACUUGGGGUUUUGUUCCUGUGAAGAAUUAGGAGAAACUGGAAUUUGGCAGCUGACAGACCCACCUAUUCUUCCUCUUACCCAUGGACCAACUGGGGGCUUCAACUGGAGAGAGACCUUGCUGCAAGAAUAAACCGCAAGAGUGAACAAAAAGAAAAGGCUUGAGAAAGGAUUUGGGAGAAGUGUCGGCUUUGGGAGAAGUGUCUUUUUGUGUGUUUAGUAACAGUGGGAAAGUCUGCACCACAUCCUAAGUGGACAGCUCAGAAUAAUUUAGCAUAUUUCCUUUCAAGCUUUACCGUUCUUAGGAUGAGUCUGUGUCGAGGAAAGAAAGACUUGAUUCAGGGAUAAAAUUCAUCCUCUCUGGACUCUUGCCUAGCAAACAAGGCUUUCUAGAAUUAUCAUCCUACAUCCGGGCACCUGCGACAGCAAAGCAUGUUCUCCCCCUUCCAGCUAUGCUGGCUAAAGAGCCUGAGUCCUCCCCAAGGGGGCUGCCAGCCCACUCCGAGGAAGGAUGCAGGAGGAGGGAUGUGGGAAGAAGGAUGCAAGAAGAAGGAUGUGAGAGAAUCCAGCAGGAGGGACACCAAGCUGCGGGUUCAGUGAUGGGAUUUUCUUUCGAAUUGCGAGCUCCAGUUAAAGCCAAGCUGAGGAGUUCUUUUAAGGUUAUUAGGAAACAUGUCCCCACGCGAGUUUGUCCUUAGGUUUCCCAUCAAUUUCUACCCUCAGUAUGACCCACACACCAGUGCUGCUGGCCCAAGACGUCUGCUCAAGGUCUCUAACCUUCGCCCUGGUCCCACCACAUCACAUUUUCUCUAGAGCAGCUGACUGCAGCUUUUUGCUAUGGUCCUACCCCCUUGCUUCUAUCUGUGAAAUGGGGAGGCAAAGCAUUUUUUUGCUCUCCAAGGCACUUUUGGAUACUCAGGAGGAAGAUAAAUGUGUGACGUGUUCAAUCAUAGGAGCGAAGAACUUGCACACUAUCAAGUGACUUGGGGUUCUCCGUGUUGUAGCCUAACGAGCCACAGCACUUCGAAAUCUCCGUGACUUGCUUGUCUUUGCCCCGCGCGUCUAGACCAUGUGAACUGGUCAAGGAUGUUGACAUUUUCAAAAGAUGUGUGCUACAUACAUCAUUUGAGUCAGCAAGAAGCUCAUUCUUGUGCAAUAUGGACAUCUUUACAAACCACACCAAGGGUCAGGUCAUUGUACGCUCACAGUAUACGUCAAUCAUAACAGAACGUCCACAAAUGCAUCAGUCACGGCCAGGGAUAUAAAACGGAGUCAGGGAACUAACUUAAAUGAUGACAGUCACAACUGCACUGCUCCUUGUGCUGUUGUUUUUAUUCAUUUGUUUUUCUAUGAUAAUUUAAAAUACACAGGUAGGGCUGCUUAAGCAAAGUGGAGAGACCCACAUCCUGGGAUAUCUCAUCACACUUGCUUCCUGAAUUUAGAGGGAGUUUAUUUAAAAGAAAAAUACAUGACAAUCAAGCCAAAACAUCAGUUAUCAAUGUCUAGUUCAUGUGGGCCUAGCUGACUGCUGUGGGCAGCAGACGACGGUCUGGUAUGAUAGCGUUCACUGUAGACUGUAUGUGCAAAAUGAGGGCCCAGCAUUUAAAGGGAACAUUCAUAUGAAACAAGUCAAUAUAUAUUGUAGCAUUAAAUAACUUUAAAACCCAAGUGCAUAAAACGCAUGGUAUAUAAAAAUAGAUCUAGGCUAUUAGAAACUAGAAUUUGAUGAUCCUUGAAAAGAAGAGGAAGUGAGAGGAUGCUGGCUUUGUAUGUUAAUCAGCAAGAGGGUUACUGCUGCUGCUGUUGUUGCGAAGUCACUUAGAGAAGCAUAUCAUGAAUUCUGCAUUUUAAGAAAUCUUGAUUUCUUCCAGCAUUGCACAAACACCGAUCCAGCUUCUGGGUCUAGAAAUAACUCUGUGCUGACAUUACUGAUUAAUGUAAAAGUUUUCAUCUUACAAUAGAGGGGGGGGAGGGGGGCGGGGAAUGCUCACAUUAAAGAUUUUAAAAGGAAAGUCACCUCACGGCCAAUGUAAUGUUGCUGCCAGGCAUUCUGUCAUCUGUAAUGAGGUGAAUGCACUGUAAUCAGACCUAUAAUAUUUAUUAGAGUCUCUACAAAUUUUCCUGGACUUUCAGUGCUCAGCAUAAUGCUUGAACAUCUCAUAUUCACUUGAAAACUGGAGCCGCGUGUGCUGGGCAGGGUCUAUAUGUGUGUAAAACACAUUUCAGAAUAGGUCAUCUUCUCCCUCCCUCUCACUGGUCUUAGGUCUGACGACCUGGCCGCUUGGUUUAGCUGGGCUAUGGUCCUAAGUCCAAUAUAGACAGAGCCUUAAGCUAUCAUUUACAGGAGCAAAGGAAGGCAGAGAUCAGAAGUAAUUUUCUAAGUAAUUUAGGUGGACAACCCUAAGACAGUUUAUUUCUCUGCUUUAAUGAUCCAGAUUGAUCAGAAUAGCCUGAAUGAUUUGAAUUCUCAUUAAAUCUCUUUUCACAUUUACCUAUUUGACAAACCAAACGUGGACUCCAACUGAGAAAUUCUUUGGAAAUCAUGUUGAAUCUAUGUGUAAUAAAAGGAGCAGACAGCUGUAUUACAUGAUUUUCUAUCCAUCUAAAAAUUCGAAGUGGCUAUUACAACUCGUGAAGUUUAGGCUGGUUCUUUUUGAUCUGAGGCUGAUGUGUGUUCACAGGUGUUUUGAGGGGCUAGAAGGAAGGUGGGAGAGGAGGAGGAAGCAAGGAAGAAAAUGUCAAGGAAGAACCAAAUGGUUUCUGGUAGAGAGGAUUUUUUUUUUUUAAGUGUAGACAGUUAUCUGAAAUAAACGGAGAUGAAAUUAACUAAAGGAUUUAAUCUGGGAUUAAAAAUCUGAAACCGUCUGCUGCUUAUACAAGUGCACCACAUCAACCCACUAAUGGCCCAGCAUUAUUCACAGAUAGACUUUGGUUUCAGUGAUUUCAAAAUGCCGCAUCUAUUCCUCUCCAGACUAGAAUAAUUGGCCCAUCUUAAUGCACAGGCUGGGGGAUUCAUUUUCCCAGGCUCUCUUCUCCAUCACUGCCUUGGUAGCUAGGAGCUUAUUGCUUCACCCCAGCAAGGAGUUCAGAAUACAGUGUUUUCCAUUACAUUUAGAUUCAUAGAAUCUGAAUGGCUGAUUAAAUGGCCAUCUGAUGGCCUGAAAGAGGGGAGGGGGUAUUUUUCACCCUGUAUUGAAAGGCUUAGAGGAGUUUCUAGUUUUUAUUUUAAUUAUACUUUAACCAAAGAAUUAUUUUAAAGUAACCUUAUAUUUGAAAGACGAUUUUGCAAAAAAGAAAAAAAGAAAAAAAAAUAUCCUCCGGAGCGAUGUCAGUCUGGUAAAUUGUUGUUGAUGAUUUUCUUGCAUUUUAGGCCAAUGUGGUCCUUUUCCUAUCAGCGGUAUUUGGAAUGUAUACAGAUUGUCAUCCACUUGUUGCUUAGCAUUACCAUAAAUGUAUCUUUUCCACUCAACUAGCUGCGUUCGUCCUACACGAAGUCUCUUAGUUCAAUGAGCUAGUGUCACUGGGAACUAACUGAAGAACUACUGUCAGAGAAGUUCCUAUCUCCUGGCCUUUGUAGAAAGACGUCUCUGCGUGGUAAAAAGGGAGGCUUUCCUUGUAACCUAGGCACGCUGCAACGCCAGUGUUUAAUUUAGAAGCCGUGAUGAAUUGCUCUUUUGAAUUUACUCUAAGUCAUGCGUGUGUUAGAAUACAGAUGAACCUCCUUUAAUUUUCACAGGCACGGUCACAAACUGUACUGUGUCUGCACCAACUUCUCAGAUAAUGAGGCGCAGGGUUAUUUGCAUUUAAAUUGUGGUCCUGCCCACGUGUGAGAACUCGGAGCCACCAGUGGGGCUGCCUUGCCGGGAGGGAGGAGACGAGGAGACGGGCGGAGGAGCGUGGGGAGAAGAGUGAUUGGCUAUCUAUUUGGGUCAGUGUUCAUUUUACAAAGGUGAUGGGGGGAUAGUUUGUUAGGUGAUGGCAGAGGCUUUUUGUGUUUAAACAAGGGAUUACAAUUGGAUGGGCUUCUUUUCAACCCUUUAACAUACUGAAUUUUCCUAGGGUGGUGACUAGCUCUAAUGAAAAUUCAAGGGAAGGGAAAAAUGGCCUCUACAUGCAGAGGAUGUAACCUGAUUUUUUAAAAACAUACAAUAUUACAUUGUGUGUGUAGGCUUAAAAUGAUGAAUAAUCAAACUUAAUAUACAUCGGUUCUUACAAAUGUUUUACACCGUACCCUGUAGCUGCCAUUACUUACACAGAAAUUGGAAUUUUUGUAGCUGCUCAAUUUCUUGGACUCUGUACAGGAUACAUAUAUACGUACAAUGGGACAUAUGUACUGGUUCUUCCUUUGACUGCCGCUCAGGAGAGGAACACCAUCCUGAAGCAUUUUGGUUACCCUUACACCAUUCUAAACCUGCUGUUUGGGGAAAUAUAUUAGUUCCUUUCUCAUUUAUAAGGCUGUUGUAUCAUUAGUUUUCUAUGUGAUUCGGGUGUAUUUAUUUGGUGAAAGGGGCUUGUAAUUAUAACAUAGGAAACCACACCUAACUGUAUUGCCAAAUUCCUUGUAAACUACCUGUGGCGUCUGUGCUUUCCAGGCUGCGUGCUCUUCCUCUUGAUACUGCGACGGCACCAUUGUAAUUAGUUCAUUCCAUUCCAUGAGCAUCUCCCUUUAAGUGGUUCCUAGAUGGUUUAAUAAAGAGAAACUGUGUUCUCAGUG